AGCGGUCGGCAGCUUCAGUUGCACACGCAGCCUCACUGUGAACAGACGUCGUCUAACUACAAUGUUGUCUGCGUUCACCAGUAUGUCGCGAAAGAUAAGAACGAAUAGCCAAGGCCAUAGAAUGUGGAUCCUCACACUAAUGACGGUCGUUGUUGGUGCUUGGGCAUCACCUAUAGAUGAUGCCGAGGCCAGCGGCGGACGGCUGCUGUUCGAUCAGCGGCAGACGGGAAAGUACAACAUACACGUCAGCAUAAAGGACGUGGCCAUAAUUGAGGUGGAUCAGAAUGAGAUUGCAGAUGAAACGUAUAGCGAGGAGGACUACUACUACGAUGAUAGCGAUCUGACCAUUAAACCGAUCAAGUUCCCAACGCCAAGCCCAGCAACUACAACGCCAAUAACGACAACUGGACAAUCAACAACAACAAUGUUAGAUGCAGUAACAACGUCGACUACACUUUCAACAACGCCCGACGUGUCAACAGCACCAACAUCAAUCAGAAUAACACAAACAACAACAUCACCAGAAGCUCCUGCCAAUACUAGCACCUACAGCGCCAAUCUGUUGGCGGACAUAGCUGCCACGCAGGCGGCCCAGCGUGGCAGUGGAAGGCACAGUAAUUUGAUGAUCAUGGAGACGCCCAUUAGCACCUCAUCGACGUUGCUGCCAGCCGCUUAUAGAGCAGCACUCAGAGGCCGCACCAGAGAUGUCCCCGUACCAGGGGCAGCUAUUAUGUCCACAACUGGCACCACAUCGAAGCCCGCUGUAUUGAUUUCGACGCCCCCAACACGCCCCGCCUUGGAGAACAUUGAGUACACGCCGCCACAGGGCCAAAACUCGCCCAUAUUCAAGGUCAAAGUGCAACGAACAGCACCAGAGGCACCAACAGCAUCACCAGUACCUGCUCCUGUCCAUUCAUCGCGCUGUCGCCCGCAUCAGUUUCGAGAUGCCCAUGGCAAAUGCCGCGCGAAGCGCUCCGGCUCGAUCUUAAGAAAACUCUUCAGCAUGCUGGUGUCGCUGCCCUUUGCCGGUGAUCGUAGCAUGGCUAACCACCUGCAGCAGCCACCAUCCAAACGAGAGCUUCUGGAGCAGUAUCACCAACUGCCCCAUCACGUCGAGGGUUAAUGAACG